AUGACUGCAAAUGCAUUGACAAACCAAGAUGCCGCCUCUUCUUCCAUAUUAGCUCCAGUUUCACAAGAUGUUCCUAUUCUGACUAUUAAUGAUGACGAGUGCAUGACCGGCUCAACAUCCAAAGACGAUCGUUCGGCGAAGAGCAAGGACUCUCGAAGAAGAAGAACAUUCGCUUUCAAUUCAGCUCAUUUAAGGACUAGCAAAUUCUGGUUAAGGCUCGUCCGACCAUGGAAAUGGAAACUUCAACGACGUAAAGUCCGCAGGUCAAGCAGCGCGAGGUCCUCAUCACGAUCUUCCACUCGGAUAGCUUGUCCGGCUUCUCCCUCGCUGCCUGAUAUCCGAACUGUCCUUCUUGAAAAGGACACUCAACCAGUGCCGUUUGAGAAACGUCGUCUCAUUGCUGACAGUCAUCACACCAACGAGCCUGACGAAGAAAAAACUUGUGAAGUGACGAUUGUUAAAGUACGUUUGGAAGACAAGCCAACUGUUAGUCAUAUAGAAAUCCAAGAAACAGUUGUUGACGAGGAAGAAACAGACUCCGAUACUGAUUCUACUGAGAGUAAUAGUGCUGCUGAAACCCCAAUGGACAAAAGCGACAUAAUCACAUCAGAUCUAUUAUUAGAAGGAUAUGAUAGGAUACAAGUUAAAGAGCCUGAUCUGAAUGCUCAACCUGAACGUCCAGUUCUGAAGAAGCCAGGACAGCCUUCAAGGUUGCGUCUUCGGAAAAAACCUUCGAAGCGCAAGUCUGAUAUUCCUCGAGAAGACGGACUUCCUACUCAUCUAACAGACGACAGUGAUAGUGACGGUCCUAUUCAGUAUCGAGAUGAUGAUGAACCAAGAUUUGCCAGUUCUCCUAAACCAGUUGAAAAGGUCGAAGAUCCAGAAGAUGAAGAAGAGGUGCCGGUUACUGGGUUGGCUGCAAAAGUUCAUAGAAAGGAUACACUGGCUUUGCGAAUCGAUGCUCCUCCAUGUAAGGAUGACAUAUCAGGACAAACUGCUGAUGACAGACGUCAGUUGAUGCAUACUGCCAGUAUAAAAUUAGCGAGAAAGCUGAGUGAAAGACCCUCAGUUGAGGAGUUGGAAGAAAGAAACAUCCUCAAACGCGGAGAUGAUGGUGAAACCAUGGAAGAAAAAAGAAAAUUAAUCUUACGAAAGCUCAGUUUUCGCCCAACGAUAGCUCAGUUAAAAGAACAACAGAUAAUUCAGUUCAAUGAUUACGUUGAAGUAACACAAGCGGAAAUAUAUGAUCGCAAAGGUGACAAGCCAUGGACAAGACUAACGCCCAUAGAGAAGGCUCUCAUUAGAAAAGAACUGAACGAUUUUAAAGCAACAGAGAUGGAUGUGCAUGAAGAGAGUAAAAUAUUUACAAGGUUCGAGUGCUCCUUCUUAGACUAUAAUGAGGAUGUGUACUUCUAG